AUGCCGAGGAUCACUAUCGACGUUACUGAUAACCAGACAACCGGCCAAGACUCUGUCGGGGCUAUGGCGGUGGUAGACGGCGGAGAAAACUACGACCAGCAGUUCUUGGGGGUGUUGUCGCCAGGAAAUCACAGAAGGAACGAGAGAAAAGACAUCGGGAAAGCAUCGUUGCCAUCGACAUCUUUUCUUGGAAACUGUGGCUUUUGCAAACGCCGUCUAGCUCCCGGCCGUGAUAUUUACAUGUACAAAGGAGAUACAGCAUUUUGUUGCGUGGAAUGCAGAGAACAACAAAUUGAGCAGGACGAAGGCAAAACUCCAAACAGAGUCUUUCUAUCAACAUCAAAUAUGCAUGGCUCAAAUUAGCUUUUACUAUUAAAGUCUGUGUCUGUAACUUGAGAUUGUUGCCGUUACUUUAAUUAGCAUCGUGUAAAAAUUAAUUGUCAAAAACUGAAAUGAAACUCUUUCAUGUCUU